UUCAAGAAUACGAUCCUUUCUUCUACAUGUCGGCCAGUCUCCGGGCGAAUAAGCCACGUGUUCCGAUACGAAGUGCUGAUUACCCUUAGCAAAGUGCCAAUUUUCUGGCAGGACCUGCGUGAAACGCCAGAGCAACACAAUGGGGUUCGUCAAGGUUGUUAAAAACAAGGCUUAUUUCAAGAGAUUUCAAGUGAAGUUCAAGCGAAGGCGUGAGGGUAAGACUGACUAUUAUGCCCGCCGAAGACUGGUUGUCCAAGACAAAAACAAGUACAACACACCGAAAUACCGCAUGAUUGUACGUAUCACCAAUCGCGACAUCAUCUGUCAGAUUGCUUAUGCUCGUAUAGAAGGAGACGUCAUCGUAUGUGCCGCUUACUCUCACGAGCUCCCACGCUACGGGGUCAAACUAGGCCUAACCAACUAUGCUGCCGCCUACUGCACCGGUCUGCUGCUAGCCCGUCGUAUGUUGCAGAAGUUUAAGCUCGACGAGAUCUACGAGGGCUGCGUGGAAGCCAACGGUGAGGAUUACUACGUAGAAAGCAUCGACGGCAAGCCUGGCGCCUUCCGGUGCUUCUUGGACGUCGGCCUGGCAAGGACCACAACCGGAGCUCGCAUCUUCGGAGCCCUCAAGGGAGCCGUGGACGGAGGCAUGGACAUUCCUCACAGCAACAAGCGAUUCCCAGGCUACGACGGCGAGGCGAAGGAGUUCAACGCCGAGGUUCACCGUAAGCACAUCUACGGUCAGCACAUUGCAGAGUACAUGAAGGUGCUCCUUGAAGAAGACGAAGAGGCCUACAAGCGUCAGUUCUCUCGCUACCAUAAGAUCGGUGUGACAGCUGAUGAAAUUGAAGAGAUCUACAAGAAGGCCCAUGCUGCAAUCCGCGCGGACCCGGCGCAUAAGCCGAAGGCGCCUCGUACAGACGUCAAGAAGAAGAGGUGGAACAGGAAGAAGCUGACCCUAUCUGAACGCAAGAACACCGUGUCUCAGAAGAAGGCAGCCUUCCUCAAAAAGUUGGCCGCUGGAGACACUGCAGCUGCUGAGUGAGCCAGACGUGGUUUCUAGUGUUGCCAAUAAAAAUAUCAUGGUUA